GUAAGUUGAGGUGUUUUGAAUGUGUUCGUUUUUCUAUGGACACCGUGAAUACUUAAACAGUACUUGCUAUCGACGAAACGACGCUCCUCAGCUAGUUCACAACAUCGUAUGCUGACUGUGAUCUUAAUUCAUUUAGGGCCAAGUUUACAUUAACUCUGAGGAAUAUUCUUGUUUAGCUUGAUGGUAAAACGUUCCGUUUAUUUCUCAAGAUUUUUUCAGUCACGUACUCCGAAAAUGGAAAUAUCAUGUUUUGUUCUGCACUCUGUAGAGUAUAGAAAUGCUCAUCAAACUAACGACAUUCUCACUAGACUUCGAGUUGGAGUCAGGUCAUCCCAAAAUCUCAUUUCAUCCUUUUAGUUGUGAAUUUUCUCCAUAAUUUAAGUAAAAACCGGUUAAAAUUAGUUCUGGGGAGGUUAUAUAUAUAAAGAAACAAAGGCCAUAAUACGGGACUAUGGAAUAUUCUGCUAGGACAUUCUCUGUCAUAAGUGAGCUGGUAAUUCACCUUAACCUUAACUAACCACUUAUAUUAAUUGGACCUAGACUAGUUGAUCAACACUAACAAAUUGUCUAUCCGCCUGGUGCUGGUGGAAAUAUGAUUAAUCCGAUCAAAUAUGUUUCGUCUGUCUUCCCUCAUGGUUGAGCGUAUUAACCUAGUCACUGCCAUAACUGAAGGAUUCGUGUUACAGAAGUAGAUUUCCGUAAAACUAUUGAGGUACAACCAUAAUAUCUAAGGUCGGUCAUAACGUUUUGUAGUAGAUUGUCAUAGGCAGUGGCAGCACUUUCAGGUUGCCAUGUUUAUAUCUGGUAACAGGACGAAGUUUUGAAGUAGAUAAUAUAAACUUUCGUGUCAUUACUCGAAACCCUGCUAAUAAAGUAUACAAUUCCCUGUCUGUAAAAUUUGGUGAAAGUUAAUUACCCUUGGAUUUAAAAUUAGUGAGAAUCCAUUCAGGCCAGUGACAUUUUCAGCUUGAUUAGAUUACCCGGUACUCUUUGCUAUUAUUUCGGAUCAAUCUCCAUAGUUACUUUGUAGGUUCUCAUGAAACAGCAAUAAAUUACUAAGCAUCAAAUAUAUUGAGUCUUAAAAGCAUUUUCCAUAGUGAAUUAUCAGGUUAACCAGCCUAGUUAGACAACAAAAGAUUUGUCUUCAUAUGUCAGCAAAUGUUUUUCUGGAUGAAACGUGGGUCUUGUACAAGUCUCACAAUAACUCGUCCGCGAAUAUCAUCUCAAUGCAUACUUAAUAAAAAACACUUCAUGUCUAAUGAACAAUGAAUGUUUAACUGUCAUUGUGAACUCCAUGAUAACAUAGUGUUAUAAAGAAGAGAUAACUACCAAGUAUAUCACACUACUAAAGGCUCUUUACUUGAACGGAUUUUAUCGUACCGAAGUCUACUACGAACUUUGCUAUGUAUGCCGACGAGUUAAGCAACUCUGUGCAGUCCAUUGAUCUUCAAGACAUUACUCAACUGAACAAAGCAAAUCCUGAUGUGACAUCGAACUCAGAAGACUCAGAAGAAACAUCCAUUCAGAAGUCAAUAAAAGCUGAAGCACAACCUAUCCUGCCUCCAGGAUACCAAAUAUCACACUGCCUUGCGGAAGGUGGAAUUGGACGAGUAUAUUUAAUUGUCAAUCCUGAUACUAAGGAUUGUUUAGCAGCAAAAGUAGUCAACGUAUAUGGUCAAAGCAGUCUUCGUAGUAAUGCAAAAAAUGAAGUUAAUGUAACACAAGUUAGGGCAGAACUUCGCCAAGAAGCUGAGUUACAAAGACGCUUAAAACAUCACAAUAUUGCCACUUUAUAUGGAAUCAGAAAUACUCCUACAUUCACAUUUAUGUUUAUGGAAUUACUGCCUGGUGGCGAAUUGUUUGAGCGUAUUCCAAUUGGUAUAGGAUUACACGUUCAACAGAUGUUUAUAUACUAUGCGCAGAUUUUAGAUGCAUUGAAUUACCUUCAUAAUGAUCAACAAAUAGCACAUUUAGAUGUGAAACCAGAAAAUAUUAUGCUCACAAAGAAGGAUAGAGCUAAACUGAUUGAUUUUGGAUGGGCUGUAGAUCUGCGAAAGCAAAAACUUAUUCAAGGAGCAGUUGGUACAACAAGUUAUGCUGCACCUGAAGUUUUUGGAAAAAACCCCUACUUUGGACCACCUGCUGACCUAUUCUCACUUGGUGUUACACUUCUCACAGCUGUCACUGGUCAACGUUGUUGGUCACGUGCCAGCUAUACAUCCGAUCCUGUAUAUCGCCAGUGGACCGAACAUAAAGAUUUGCACACAGGUCCUGUGUUUUCCCGACUUCCUCCUGACUUAGCCAACUUUCUCACACGAGCCUUAGCUCAUCGACCUUCUGAUCGUCUUACUAUUGAAUGCAUUAAAAAUCAUCCUUGGUAUCGCCUUGGUCUUGCCCGACGUCUAACUCCUGUUGCGUCACCGCGAAGCAGACAAGACUCAGGUGUAUCUGUAAGUACUGUCGUACCAAACAGCGACCGUACCAAUACUUCACGCAGCACUUAUCAAGGAGAUGCGCCAGUACCUUCAUCUCAGCCUACGCCAGUUUGUCAUGCUCAAUUAGAUUCUAUUAUAAAUAAUCUUCACUUAUCUCAACCGGCUGAUAUUGACAGUAUGCUAAUGGCGUCUCAGAUGGUUGGAGAUAUUGAUUACGUUAAGGAUCGGCUUGGUUUUUCCUGUCUCAUGCGCCGUAUGACUCGAUUCUUUUCAGCACUCUCCUCAGUAGAACAUACAAUGGAGGUCAUUCGAGCUGUCGUUGUUCAAAGGAGGCAUCUGCGGGCAACAAUCAAAGGAUCAAAUAACCUACUUGUGGAUAUCAAAACUCCGGAGCAUCCAGGAACUGCUUUCCGAGUAUUGUUAUAUCCAUUAGCUGGUUCAAUUCUUGUGGAUUGUCGUCGUGUCUCAGGUGAUGGUUUAUUGUUUCAUCAAACCUAUGCUGCAAUCUAUACAGAUCUUUCAGCUAUGGGUGCAGUAAAUAUAACACAUCCUUACUUACAUAUUUUGUUACCUGAAAGGCCUACAGCGGAGCCUAAUAAUUCAAAUUUAAAUGACGGUACUUGCAUUUCUGAAAAUUCUCCAGUGGUCUACGGUGAAUUAACUCCAGUAGCAAUGGAGACAUAGAUUUCUUUCUAUAAUAACCUAUAUUUUGAUAGAUCUUUUGCUUAUCCUGAGAUUCUGUAUGAAUAUUUUUGCAAUAAUUUACUUUGAAACUUAUAAUGAUUUCUUUAAGUCGGUUUAGAUUUUGUCCUCAAGUAACCUGUCCCCUCGCCUCGGGGUUUAUUUUUAUAUCUGUAUUAGAGAUUGUUUAAUGAAUGAAGUGUUUCUGUAUGUUCCUAAAUACAACUUCUUCACAGAAUGGCGUCAUCAUUUAUUUGUGAUUGAUUGGGUUUGGUAAAACAAAUUGUACAACAGUACAUUGAACACAGUAUAUAAUAUACCAUUUUUCUCUUUA